AUGAUAGAGAUACAUUCGCCACCCCGCCGCAUCGUGAGAGUCAUCGCAUCCUUCCUGGCAGACCGCCGCUUCCACGUACAAGUGGGAAAGCGCGGUAUCACAGGAACGCCGCAUCCAGGCUGGCGUCCCGCAGGGGAGCUGCCUGUCGCCCGCAUGCUAUGCGUGCUACACCGACGACAUUCCUGUCGAUGGGCAAGCGCAGCUAGCCCUCUUCGCAGACGACGCCCGCCUACUUUGCGUCAUCUUUUAAGAUGCCGCACGCUGUCUCCAAGAUCCAGCCGACGCUUGACGCCCUUCCUGACUGGCUCUCCAAAUGGAGGCUAUCAGUCAAUGUGGGCAAAACGCAAGCGCUUCAUCACAGGGCGAACUACCGCCCUGCCCGAUCCCCCUUCUCUUUUAGCUCAGCCGCUCACAUGGUCGCCCUCAGUGAAAUACCUGGGGGUGACCAUAGAGAGGAGGCUCAACAUGGAUCGGCACGCCGCAGACACAGUUCGAAGAGCGAAAGUCGCUCGCAUGUGUCUGCGCCCGGUCUUCUGCAGUAAGCUUCCUGUACGGACCAAGCUUGGUCUGUACAAAGCUUACGUACGCUCAAGAGUAACAUAUGCUUCACCUGCCUGGUACUCUUUCUGUUCCAGGUCAAACAAGGAGAAGAUGAGGCGCCAGGAGACCCUCACACUGUGGACCAUCCUCAAGUGCCCGCGGUACGUCAGCAACGCAGCCCUCGCCGAGACACUGAAGUGGCGCGGCCUGGAGGAGUUCGUCGAGCGUCUCGCGCGGGUCAUGUUUGACCACGCGGACAACGCCGGCCACGACCAUCUUCGGGACAUCGCGCCGCAUCACACAACACCAGACCUCCGGAGAGGUGGGCUCGGGACUUGCCCCGAGCCCUUCUACACCAGUAGCUGA